UAUAACAUUAGCAUUUGCUCUCCUUAACCCUUGGAGUUCCGACGGCAGUGAAAAGGCUGCAGGAGAGACUUGCAGGGGAGGGAUCCAGGCGUGGCAGGGUGGGCUCUUCCCAUGCAAAGAGGGGCUGAGAAGGGAGAGAGAUACAUGCCCAGCUGUCUUCCGAAUUCAAUCCUGGAUCGAGUGCAUGAUGGAGGAAACCACCAGGUUCUCAAAAAUUCAAGCCUGGAACUUCAGGAGCCUCCGAUACCAGGAAGCUGAGGGUCCCCGAGGACUUUGCAGCCAACUCCACAACUUUUGUAGGCGAUGGCUGAGUCCAGAAAAGCACACCAAAGCUCAGAUGCUGGACCUGGUUGUUCUGGAGCAGCUCCUGUUCCUUCUACCCCCAGAGAUGGAGAGUUGGGUGCGGGAAUGUGGAGCAGAGACCAGCUCCCAGGCGGUGGCCCUGGCGGAAGGCUUCCUCCUGAGCCAGGUGGAGGAACAGAAGGAGCAGGUUGAGUUGGAGUGCUGCACUGUGGAGAUGAGAGAUCCAAAGGGAAAGAAGAAUUCAUCAAAUCCCCCUCAGGAGCUAUUUUUCAGGAGAAUCCCUUGUGAAGACCAAAGUUGGGACACCUCAAGAGAGAAACAAAGAAUGAAGUUUUCUGGUUUUUCUGAUGAAGCUCAAAGAGCUGUUGAACCUCCAAAUCAAGAGAGUCUUGUGUCCUUCGAGGAGGUGGCUGUGUAUUUCUCUGAGGACGAAUGGUCUCAGCUAGAUUCUGACCAAAAAGCACUGCAUUCGGAAGUCAUGCUUGAAAACCAUAGGAACGUGAUCGCUCUGGGUAAUAACGGGCAGGACAAUCAAAAUUCCUGUGAACUGUCCCAAGGGAUCAAUGCUAAUGAUGGAACAGAGAAAUUUGGAAUUCAAGUGGAAUUAGAAAGCCAUGAGAGAAACCAGUCAAAUAAUUGGAAUAAGAAAAGCUCAUCUUCCACUGAUGCUCCGAUGCAAGACUUUAAUGCCCAACAAGAGAAAAUACGGAAAAAAUAUAUUGGAAAAUGUGUGAAGCUAAUUAAAGCUAAAUUACAUGUCAAAAAAUACUAUUUAAUCCAAAACAAAGGAGAAGAUGCUAUAAAAAGGUUCAGAAGAUAUAGUAAUCGUAUUUUCCAUAAAAGGAACCACUCAGGACAGAAGCCAUAUAAAUGCCUGGAGUGUGGAAAGACCUUUGCUCAAAAUAGUACUCUUCUUUUCCAUAAGAUAAUCCACAAUGGGGAGAAGCCGUAUAAAUGCAUGGAGUGUGGAAAGACCUUCGCUCGAAAAGGUAAUCUUAUUUCCCAUAAGAUGAUCCACACAGGAGAAAAGCCAUAUAAAUGCUUGGAAUGUGGAAAGGCCUUUGUUCAGAGCAGUAACCUCAGAAACCACAAAAGGAUCCACACUGGGGAAAAACCAUAUAAAUGCAUGGAGUGUGGAAAGACCUUUGCUCAUAGUAAUGGACUUACUAUUCACAAAAUGAUCCACACAGGGGAGAGGCCAUUUAAAUGCAUGGAGUGUGGAAAGAUCUUUACACAAAAAGGUAAUCUUAUUUCUCAUAAGAAGAUCCACACAGGGGAGAAGCCAUAUAAAUGCAUGGAGUGUGGAAAGACUUUUGCUCAAAAAGGUAAUCUAAUUUCCCAUAAGGUGAUCCACACAGGGGAGAAGCCAUAUAAAUGCAUGGAGUGUGGAAAGACCUUCGCUCGAAAAGGUAAUCUUAUUUCCCAUAAGGUGAUCCACACAGGAGAGAAAAUGAUCCACACAGGGGAGAGGCCUUAUAAAUGCAUGGAUUGUGGAAAGACCUUUACUCAAAAAGGUAAUCUUAUUUCCCAUGAGAAGAUCCACACAGAGGAGAAGCCAUAUAAAUGCAUGGAGUGUGGAAAGACCUUUGCUCUCAGCAGUAAACUUGAAAUACACAAAACAAUCCAUACAGGAGAAAAACCAUUUAAAUGUCUGGAGUGUGGAAAGACCUUUGCUCUCAGCAGUAAACUUGAAAUUCACAAAAAGAUCCACACUGGGGAAAAGCCAUUUAAAUGCCUGGAGUGUGGAAAGACCUUUACUCGAAAUAGUACUCUUCUUUGCCAUAAGAUGAUCCACACUGGGGAGAAGCCGUAUAAAUGCAUGGAGUGUGGAAAGACCUUCACUCAAAAUGGUCAUCUUAUUUCCCAUAAGGUGAUCCACACAGGGGAGAGGCCAUAUAAAUGUAUGGAGUGUGGAAAGACCUUCGCUCGCAAAGGUCAUCUUAUUUCCCAUAAGGUGAUCCACACAGGGGAGAAGCCGUAUAAAUGCACGGAGUGUGGAAAGACCUUCACUCGCAAAGGUCAUCUUAUUUCCCAUAAGGUGAUCCACAAAGGGGAGAGGCCAUAUAAAUGCAUGGAGUGUGGAAAGACCUUUACUAAGAGCAACAUUCUUACUUCCCAUAGAAGGACCCACACUGGGGAGAAACCAUAUAAAUGCAUGGAGUGUGGAAUGACCUUUGCUCAUAAUAAUGGACUUACUACCCACAAAAUGAUCCACACAGGGGAGAGGCCGUAUAAAUGUAUGGAGUGUGGAAAGACCUUUGCUCUCAGCAGUAAACUUGAAAUUCACAAAAAGAUCCACACACGAGAAAAGCCAUAUAAAUGCAUGGAGUGCGGAAAGACCUUUGCUCUCAGCAGUAAACUUGAAAUUCACAAAAAGUUCCAUACUGGAGAAAAGCCAUUUAAAUGCCUGGAGUGUGGGAAGACCUUUGCUCUCAGCAGUAGACUUGGUAUUCACAAAAAGAUUCACACAGGUGAAAAGCCAUAUAAAUGCAUGGAGUGUGGAAAGUCCUUUACUCAAAAAGGUAAUCUUAUUUCCCACAAAAUGAUCCACACAGGGGAGAGGCCAUAUAAAUGCAUGGAGUGUGGAAAGACCUUUACUCAAAAAGUUAAUCUUAUUUCCCAUAAGAAGAUCCAUACAGGAGAAAAGCCAUUUAAAUGCCUGGAGUGUGGAAAGACCUUUGCUGUCAGCAGUAGACUUGGUGUUCACAAAAAGAUUCACACAGGAGAAAAGCCAUAUAAGUGCCUGGAAUGUGGAAAGGCCUUUACCUUUGCUCUGAGCAGUAGACUUGGUACUCACAAAAAGAUUCACACAGGAGAAAAGCCAUUUAAAUGCAUGGAGUGUGGAAAGACCUUUUCUCAAAGCCGUUACCUUGCUUCCCAUAAAAAGAUCCACUCGGGAGAGAAACCAUUUAAAUGCAUAGAGUGUAGAAAGAUGUUUACUCAGAGGAGUGGACUUAGAAGCCACAUAAAGAUCCACAGUGGAAAAAACAUAAAUGCAUGAAUUUUGGAAAGACAUUUGCUUGGAGCAGUACUCUUCUCAUAACAACACAGGAGAGAUGCCGUAUAAAUGCAUGGAAUGUGGAAAGUGCUCAUGUGUGGUAAUCUUCUCAUAAAAGGAUCCAUGCUUGGGAGAAACUGUAUAGCAAUAACAAUUCUAUUUAGACUUAUAUACCACUCCACAAUGCUUCACUGCACUCUCUGAGCAGUUUAUAAAGUCAGCAUAUGGUCUCCAACAAUCUGGACCCUCAUUUUACUGACAUCAGAAAGAUGAAAGGCUGAAUCAACCAUGACCUAGUCAGGAUCAAGCUCCUGGCUGUGGCCAAUUAGUAUGUAGUACUAAUGUAGUACUGCAUUCUAACCACUGCUCCACCAUAUCUCUCUUUUAUGUGUAUGCACAUUGUGCCUUUCUGAUCCAAAUGAGACAAGGUUGAAUCCAACAAAAUAAAAUUUAAUGUGGAGAAAAGUAAGAUUUUACACUUGUGCAGGAAAAACCGAUUACAUGAAACCUGGCUCAAAAACAGUAACUGUGAGACUUCUGGCUGUAUUCUGGUGCCAUUGGGAGCAAGGACCGUGAGCUCCACCACCCUGUUCCAAGUUCACCCCAUUGGAGGGCUCCUAUUGUAGCCAUAGCCACCCUGGAGUGGUGGUGAAGUAAAGCAGGACCACCUGGUAGGUCGAGGAGAGCUGCAUCUCCCCCCUGACCUGAAAAACCCCCUCAUCCAAAGAAGAGGUGCAGCGGCAACUAAAAUGGCUGCCACAAAGCCAGAAGACAGUCUGAAAAACUAGGACAGUCAGGAGUGGAGAGAUGGUGAAUGGUGUGUUAACUGGGUGAGAGAAUAUUUUUGAACUUUUAAGUGUAAUCCUGACAGGAAUAUUCAGAAAAGUGGACCUAUAACUAUUUUUAAAGUGGCAACGGCCUAACACUGGAGUAGAAUUUUAAGAAGUAAAGCAAAGUAAAGGAAGAUUAAAAGGAAUCUUUUAAAAAUAUAGGAAAUUGAAUUUUGAAUUUUUUGAUUGGAUAGACCUCAGCUUUGGAUAGAAAUUUUUAAAAUUCUAUAAUCUAUUAAAAAAAACCAAAAUAACAUUUCUUUUUGGAAAUAUUAGUAAAGUUUGAUGAGAAAGAUGAAAAAGCAACAAUAAAAAGUGAAAACUGAUUUUAAGAGUGCCACCUGCUAUGAAAAACGGAGACACUGCAGAUUCCCAAAGUUUUGAUAACAUUUGGUUUAAGAAGAAUUAUAAGUGGAAAAUAAGAGAACUUUAUCAUUAGAGAACCCCUGAAAGCUAUAAUAUAAGAUUCAACUGGUGGAGGAACUUUAUAAAGGUUUUACUCUUGGACUAUUUAAAAGGACAGAUUGAUUAAUUCUGGGAUAUAAAGAUUCCUGGGUGUUGGAUUUGCAUCUGAAAUGUGACUUUGGUUUGAAUAAAGGAUUGUUGGACGAUUGGACAAAAAGAAGUAAAAUAAU